AUUCAGUCAAUUUCAGACAAAGGACCUCGGGAAGCUGCGUUACUUCUUGGGAAUUGAGGUAGCACAAUCUAGACAGGGCAUUUCUAUCUGUCAAAGGAAGUAUGCCUUGGAUAUCCUAGAAGAGACUGGUAUGUUGGCGUGUAAGCCAGUUGACACACCUAUGGAUCCUACUAUCAAAUUACUACCCGGACAAGGAGAACCAUUAUCUGAUCCUGGACGUUAUCGGAGGUUGAUUGGGAAGCUCAAUUAUCUCACUGUGACUAGGCCAGACAUUUCUUUUGCUGUUAGUGUCGCUAGUCAGUUUCUUGAUUCUCCGUGUGAUUCUCAUUGGGAUGCUGCUGUUAGGAUCCUUCGUUACAUCAAAGGAGCACCAGAGAAAGGUUUAUUAUAUUCAGAUCAGGGAAAUACAGAAAUUUGUGGUUAUUCAGAUGCCGAUUGGGCAGGAUCACCCUCGGAUAGGCGCUCUACUUCAGGCUAUUUUGUUUUCUUUGGAGGAAACCUGAUUUCUUGGAAAAGUAAGAAACAAACUGUUGUUGCCCGAUCUAGUGCAGAGGCCGAGUAUCGUGCAAUGGGAGUUGCUACCUGCGAGCUAAUCUGGUUAAAGCAGUUGAUUCGGGAGCUCCAUCUUUGUGAACAGAAGAAACCCAUGACUCUCAUUUGUGACAAUCAAGCUGCACUACAUAUAUCCUCUAAUCCUGUAUUUCAUGAGAGAACCAAACAUAUAGAGAUCGAUUGUCAUUUCAUUCGAGAAAAGAUUCAGUCAGGAGAAAUCAAACCGGAAUUCGUCAACUCCAAUGAUCAACUCGCGGAUGUCUUCACUAAAGCUCUUAGGGGUCCUCGGGUUGAAUAUAUUUGUGGCAAGCUGGGUGCUUACAAUAUAUAUGCUCUAGCUUGA